GGUAACUCCAUUACCACAAACAAGAGUAUCUGUACUGGUACUUAGAUUCUUUACUUAAAAAGGAUCCCAGUAAUGUGUUUCAAAAAAAACUUAUCUCCUUAUAUGCCAUUUUCGAUCGAAACAAACUAUUGCCCUUUCUAAAGCGUUCAAAGGACUAUGACAUUCAGGAGGCGUUGGUCAUAUGCAAACAGGAAAACUUUUAUCCAGAAAUAGUCUACCUGCUCGGUUGUAUGGGUGGUGUAGAAGCGGCCGAAGCACUAAAUAUCAUUAUUCACCGCAUCAGAGACAUAGAAAUGGCCAUCGAGUUUUGCAAGGAGCACGAUGACAACGAUCUUUGGAAUGCACUUAUUAAUGAAUUUAGCAAUCAUCCUGAAAUCGUGACGAAAGUUUUGGACGGCAUAGUUGACUACUUUAGCCCAGCGGUGGUUGUUGGAAAGAUAAAAAUGGGACAGAACAUUCCAAACCUACGACAAUCACUUAUUAAAAUGCUGUGGCACUACAAUCUUCAAGUCACCACGCAAAGACGAGGUCAGCAGGUUUCCAACGAACAAAUGUGCUCAUUGUGCCACCGUCCAUUACUGAUGGUAGGCACACACUUUAAUUGUAUAACCAGCUUUGAAUGUGGUCAUGUAUACCAUAAACCGUGCAUACAAGGUAAAUUGCAGAAAAAUUGCAAAGAGUGUAACCUUUGGAACUUAACCGUGGAGAAAUAGGUUCAUAUCGACAUCAUAACUAUUAUCCCGGCGUCCUG